CUGAGCUGCUCCCUCCCUUCAGUAGCACUAGUGGGGUUCAGCAGCCAGCAUGGCCACAGCUGCCUCCAGCCCCUACACCCUGCUCAGUUCCAGUCCCAUGAUCCACCCGGACAGCCAGGCCAUGCAGCCUGCUAGCCCCUACAGAGGACACCAGAAACUCCUCCAGAGUGACUACCUGCAGAGCGUCCAGAGCAACGGACACCCCCUCGGGCACCAGUGGGCGAGCAGCCUGUCGGAGGGCAGCCCCUGGUCGGCCUCCAUGGAGCAGCAGGACGUCAAACCAGGCCGAGAGGACCUGCAGCUCGGCAUCAUCCAUCACCGCUCCACGCACGUAGCGCAUCACUCCCCUCAUCACAACAACCAUGGCAACCACCCGGGAGCUUGGGGAACUCCGGUGUCCCACAACUCCUCCAUCACCAGCGGGCAGCAGAUCAACAUCUACUCCCAGACGGGCUUCACUGUCAACGGCAUGCUGGACCACGGUGGGCUCACACCUCCACCCAACCCGCAGGGCCAAGGCAUGCACCCGGGCCUCAGGGACACACUUAGCCCCGAGCACAGCGACCUCGGCGGGCACCACUGCCACGACCACUCCGACGAGGAGACGCCGACUUCGGACGAGCUGGAGCACUUUGCCAAGCAGUUCAAACAGCGGAGGAUCAAGCUGGGCUUUACGCAGGCGGACGUGGGUUUGGCUCUGGGCACGCUGUACGGUAACGUCUUUUCCCAAACCACCAUCUGCAGGUUCGAGGCUCUGCAGCUGAGCUUUAAAAACAUGUGUAAACUAAAGCCGCUGCUGAACAAGUGGCUGGAGGAGGCAGACUCGUCCACAGGCAGCUCUAGCAGUAUAGACAAGAUAGCAGCUCAGGGGAGGAAGAGGAAGAAGAGGACGUCCAUCGAGGUCAGCGUGAAGGGGGUCCUGGAGACGCACUUUCUCAAGUGUCCCAAACCCUCGGCGCAGGAGAUCUCCUCGCUGGCGGACACGCUGCAGCUGGAGAAGGAGGUGGUGCGCGUGUGGUUCUGCAACCGGAGGCAGAAGGAGAAGCGCAUGACGCCGCCGGGAGAGCCGCCGCCGCACGAGGGACCCUAUUCUCACAGCGGGAGCGCGGGAGACGCCUCCUCGUGUCACGAUCUCUGACCGAAGCACCGGGAGGAAUCCCCCCCCACCCCCCCCCUCCACCUACCCCACCCCCUCACGCCUCCCCCCACCCCCCACCCCUGGCACAGACUCUCUCUCGAGCGCGUACGGGACGCGCGGUGUGGCACCUUCCAGCCGGCCGUGGCCGUCCCGGUACAGACUCUUCCAGAUGCCUCCAGCACUGAAAACACGACAAUAACAAUAACAGAGAUACCUGCUCAGCCUUCGUCAUUUUCUAACUGUCAUGAGGGCAUUAUUCUAUAGCGGCAUAUCAAACGUCACAUUUUCAGAUCACUUUUGGAGCCCGCCAAAUUAUUUUCUACAUCACGGAUAUAAAUACAAAAAUGUGCCUAAUAACCUGCCAGCGCCUUUGGUUUGUGUCACCAUUUCUCAUCAGCUCGAUAAUAAUGAUAGGAUGGGACUGAUGUGUUGUUUUGAUUUGUUUGGGCUUUUCUCUCACACACACUUUGCCUGUGUUGUUGAUCAGUGGAGUCAAACUGAUAAUAAUAUCACUUAAUUGAUUUGUUGCAGCACCAGAGGCCAUUUUACAGUCCACCUCACGCUUACCCUCGGGCUUAUACACUGCUUUAGUUCUCAACAUAUUUACACUCAUUAUUUUGUAACAUACUCGUAGCAGAUCUGUAAUUAUUUUUUGCAUAUGCAAAUAUAGGCCCUCAUCCCAGUUGUAGAGGUAUUGCUACCAACAUAAUAGCACUUGGAGGGUUUCUUUUUUAAUUCAAUUCCUCCCCUAUGGCCUGUAGCUUCUGAAGCCACACACGCGCGCGCACACACACACACACACACACACACACACACACACACACACACAGCUAGAGCUAUUUAUAAAUCCAUUUAUUUGAUUUCAAUCAUCUUCGACCAUAUAAACUGUGUGGACUCUGAAACAGAGCCGUGAAUAGAAAGAAGGGGGUUGACUGACGCUAUACACCUGCCUAUAAUUUUAUUGUACGUUCAGUAUCAAAAAUUUUAUAAUCUUAAAUACUCCUGUUAUUUGGUUUAUUUCUUAAGUAUUUUUUCGAAUAUUGUACAGUUUUAUAUAUUACCCUUUUGAAGUCAUUAAUUUAAACAAAUGCUCUUAGUUAUUCAUGCACUUAAUUAGCAAUGUACAAAAAAGAAGAAAAAACACAAAACAAUAUUUUCAGUAAGAUUGAACUGUUUCGGCGGUUUUAUUCCAAAUUUCGAUGACAGCUCAAGUAAUUAUUUAUUUUCAGUAUAAAGCUUGUAUUAUGUUUUGAAAUAAACUAUGUAUGUUGUAAUAAACAAUUCCUUGCUACAACUGUUUUCUGUCCAAAAACAGAAUUCAACUUCUGAUGAAUAAAUACUGAAGAUUUAUCAUUUAGAAAUAGACUUAAAAUCAUGCUUAUUAUUAUUAUUAUUAUUAUUAUUGUGAAAGCAAUAAUGUAAAAUGUAGAAUUAAUUUUCUUCAUUCAAAAGUCCAUUGAAUUUUUGCAUAAUUUUAAGAUUCUGUACUGAAUAAUGGUUCAAUCAAAAUUUAUGACUAAUAAUAAUUAUAUUCAAUAGAAAUAUGGUACAUUUACAUAUGUAUACACACAAGUAUAACUGUGCUUAUGCGGCAUAACCUUCACUCAGUUUCAAUGUCAUGUCAAGAGGCAACUUUUCCAAGUUUUUCCAUGGCACUAACAGCUGUAAAAUAUCCAGUGGUUCAACAGGACCUUGGCUGCAGGUCUGCAGGCUCCACGGAUCACAGCAAACUGAGACGCUUUCUCCGGCAGUUCCACUAAAAUGUUAUUGUCCGGGCCCUCUGCCCUCCUCAAUCAGACAUGCGUGAUUUAUCGCCUGGGCUGCUGGGCCUGACAGCAAAACACAAUGACACAUACACACACACACACACACACACACACGCACACAAUCAGAAGCAGAUGAAUCUCAUUUCAAAGACUACAGCUGCGUAUAAUUGGCCAUGCAAGGGCAAAAUAGAGCUAUAUUCCUACAAAAAAAUCAUAAUGCCUAAAAAUAAUUUAGGGAUGGUUUUGGAAAUAAGUAGGCCUAUAGAUGCAGUGCUGCUUAAAUGAUUCAAAAAUAGAGCUGGAGAGGGAGAGCGAAGGAGGGAGAGGAGAGGAGAAGAGGAGAGGCGGAAGGGUGCUAGGCCUUGCCUUGAAAUGGAGAGCCAUGACUGGAAUACUAAUGCGUCUGAAUUUAUGCAUCUCCUCAGUCUGCAGCCCUGAGAGGGGGUGGGGGAGACACAGAGAGAGAGAGAGAGAGGGAGAGGGAGAGAGAAAAGGGUGUGAGGGUGGAGGUGAAAGGGGGCGGUUAUGUAGAAGAAGAGAAAAGUAAAACCAUGGCUGAUUGAUUCCAUCCAUCUAUUUUAGUUUGAAAUAAUCCCUGAUUUCUGGGAGGAGGUGGGGGGUGGAAGGAGAAGAAAAAAUGACCCAGGAUGGAAGAAGAGCAGCCAGCAGCCGAGCAAACAAGCAGAGCGAGCCAAGCGCUGCAGUAUCCUCCACCUCAUACUGUGGAGCUCCAGCACAAAAACCUCCAGUAGCACCAUCCAAAUAUGUCUUUAAAGAGUAACUGAUACCUCCAACAUGCAUAAGUUAGCAGUGGUAAAAAUGAUUGACUUGGGGAAAAUGUGAGAGAAUCAUAACAGGUGCGAGAUGAAAGCAUAUUCCAGAUGUAUUAAAUGAUGAACUUCAGGUAAUUAUUUUUCCAAAAUGCUUGAGGUUGGGUGACUCGGCUUUGCACUUCAGCGGAUAAUUGAGCCUGUGAAUCAGAUCUUGAGUAAGCGCGGACUGAUCAUCAUCAGACAGGACAGCGACAAUAGAAGAGCACAAGUAUAGUGACUUGUGUAGUAGCAGUUUGGAGGAUGAGCAGGAGUUGUUUACUGGCAGGGGAUAAUGGGACCGGCUGACUCACACACCUUCUUUUCAUAAUUGCAUCUCAUCUCAAACCUUGUGUUCUCUUUUAAUCUAUUCUGUAUCCUGUUUCAAAGACUUUGGUUGAAAGUUAAAAAGUCAAAAGUGUAAAGGAAAAAAAAAAACAUGGUUAAAAUUCCUCUAAAUAAAUUGU